AAUAAGUAAAUUGAAGGGAGGUUUAUAUAAGAAACUAGGAGUAAAUAGAUAAUAUGGAUAAGAAUAGAUAGUAUAUUGAGGAGAGAGUAGAAAAACUAUAUGAAAUAAUAUUAAGAGCAGAUAAAUUUGAAAAAUGAAUAUAAAAGAGUGUAUUGUUUUAAAAUAGGAUAUUAAAAUAUAAAUCUUUUUAUUAAUCAAAUGAGCGGAUUAGAAGAUAUUCCUGAAUUUUACGAUGAUCCAUAACAACUUACAAAAUAGGACAUAUAGUAAGAGCAAAUAUUGAGAAUCGUAGAAAAUAUGACAAUUAUAAUGUUUCAUAAUUCAAAAACUUUGGGCUUAAAGAGGAGCUCUUAAGAGCAGUGAAAGAAGCUGGAUUUGAGCAUCCUACUAGAGGUAAUAAUAUGUUUAAUAUUUAUAGUCCAAGCAGAAUCGUUGACAAAUGCUUUAUAAGGAGAACAAUUGAUAUGCCAAGCAAAAGCAGGAACAGGAAAGACAGCUGUAUUUGUAUUGACUGUUUUGAAUACGAUAAAUACUGAAAGCAAUAAAGUAGAAUGUCUAGUAAUUACUCAUACAAGAGAGUUAGCUUAAUAAGUAUAAUAAUAUAUAAAAAAUUAAAGGCUCGUGAUGAAUUUUUAAGAUUGGGAAAAUUUAUGAAGAGUAUUAAAGUAGAAUGUUUUUAUGGAGGAGGAGAACCAGUUACUGUUAAUAUUUCAACAAUUGAUACAGUUAAACCAUAAAUUGUAGUUGGGUAUUCUUCAAAAUUCUAAUUUUUUAGUACACCUGGAAGACUUAAGGAUUUGAUUUGUGAAAAGAAAGCUUUGAAAGUAGAUAGACUAAAGUACUUUAUUUUGGAUGAAGCUGAUACAAUGAUUGAAGAUUUGAACAUGAGGUAUGGAUUUUUAGAAAUAAUUAUUUUAGAAAAGACAUAUAAGAUAUAUUUUUACGUACACCACAAGAGAAAUAAUUUAUGGCAUUUAGUGCAACAUUUACUGAUUCAAGUAGAACAUCACUCAAAAAAUUCAUUGCUGAUAAUAAACAUGUAAAUUAUUAUUUAUAAAUUUUAAAGAUUUAUGAAAUUACAAUAAAACCAGAAUAACUCUUUUUAGAUAAAUUAAAGCAAUAUUAUUUGAAGGUUCCUGAAUCUCUUAAAUUUCAUUAUUUAAGAUAAAUUUUAAAUACAUGCAAAUUAAAUUAAUGCAUUAUUUUUGUAAAGAGUUCAGAAAAAGCAGAUGCAUUAGUCGCAGAACUUAAAAAAAAAGGAGAAGAUUCAGUUAGAUAAUUAUAUGGUGGAAAUAGAUUGGGACCUGAUCAUUAAAAAAUGAGAUAAAAAACAUAUGAAUAAUUCAGAAAUGGACACUUUAGAUUAUUAGUUGCUACAAAUCUUAUGGGAAGAGGUGUAGAUAUUGAUAAAGUUAAUUAUGUUAUCAAUUUUGAUAUGCCUGAUUCUUUAGAAACUUAUUUACAUAGAGUAUGUUUAUAAUUUAUAUCGUUAGGUAGGAAGAGCUGGGAGAUAAGAAACUAAUGGGGUUGCAAUCUCAUUUGUUAAAAAUGAAGAAGAAGCAUCUGAUUCUAAAAAACAUACUGAUGAUGAAGUAAUUCAUUUCCUUUAUUAUUUUUUAAGGUUUUAUAAUUAAUCCUCAAAUAAUAUCCAGAUAAAUUAUAACAAUUACCUUAAGAUUUAUCCACAUUAGACAAGUUCUGAAAAUGAUAG